UGCCAUUGCCGGUCGGCGAGCCGACCUUAGUGCAUUAGUGGCUGUGAGUUUCGAUUCGCGUACGAUAAUAAUUGGAUAAAAGGCCGCCCGUUGGUAAAAUGUUGGUUUCCCUCUCGGUCUUCAGUCGACAUCGACAGGUCGUGUCGCGAUACACGUGUGCCGGGCGUUCGGUUGCUUGAGAUGAUCGUUUGCCGCCAAAUCCUCAACGUCGUCGCAUCUAGUCCGAAAACUUUUACUGGAUCUUUUUAUUGAUACACAAUAAACAAGUUUGCUGUGGAAGCAACCAAUAGAAACAUUGUGAUAUAACUGUGAUAAACCGGAACUGAAAAUGGAGGACAUCGGGCACAACACGACCUCCCCCAAAUUUUGGGAGGCCGACGACCUCAUAGUGGCGAAAGUGGUGUCCAUGUGCGUGCUGGGUGUCGUGUCGUUCAUCAUAGGACUGUUACCGAUCAAACUCACCAAACUCAUAUCGAUAAAAUCCGUGAACGGUGACAAAAACUUGUUGGUAUCGUUGUUGUUGUGUUUCGGCGGUGGCGUACUUUUGUUCACCACCUUCAUACAUCUGCAGCCCGAAGUACGAACGGCCUUUCAACAUCUCGAAGCCGAACAUGCGGUGCCCGACAUCGGGGUGCCCAUGUCCGAGUUGGUGUUCUGCAUCGGUUUCUUCUUCGUCUACUUCAUCGAGGAAGCGGUCCAUUGUUGUCUGGACAGCAGGACCCACAACACGGAGCUGCACAGAACGUUGUCGAUGCGAUGCAGCUCGCGGAAGAACAAACUGACCAUUCCCAGGGUGACGUUGAACAAAUUCGACGACGGGAAUCUGAGCUACAUCAGCACCUCGAACAAGGAGCUGCUCAACUCCAUGAGCUCGGUCAGCAUAGAGAAGUCGGGUCACAGUCACCACGUCAUGGAUGACGAACUUCAGAAUUCGUUCAGCGGAUUUUUGGCCGUGUUGGCACUGAGUUUUCACGCCGUGUUCGAAGGUUUGGCCGUGGGGUUGGAGGCGUCGGUGCAAAAAGUUUGGUAUCUGUUCGCCGCCAUCGCCACCCAUAAAUUUGUAAUUGCCUUCUGCGUCGGCACCGAAUUGGCCACGUCCAAAACGAAAACGUUGCUCGUGCUCUUGUACAUGGGCACGUUUGCCGUUGUCUCACCUUUAGGAAUUGGCAUUGGACUGAUUUUGAGUGAUGGUGAGAACAAUGCGGAAAAUUUGAUUUCAACCAUACUCCAAGGUAUGGCGGCUGGCACGCUUCUGUACGUUGUUUUCUUCGAAGUCCUUUCCAGAGAAAGAGGAAAUAGUCAUCGCGGCAUAUGGCAGCUAAUGGCCAUCAUAAUGGGAUUCGCACUUAUGUUUGGUCUACAAUUUAUAAGUGGACACGAUCACAGUCAUGGACCGGAGGGACACUCCCACCAGCAUAACAAUGACCACACUGGACACCACCACCAUUCGUUCGUUGGUGCAGAGGACCACAAUCACACAUAUUGAUCAAGCCGCAGCAGUUUGAUUUUUCUUGCCUAAGCUCAAAUAUUUAAUAUUAGUAUUAUUUAACAAAAUAAGUAUUCAUAGCGAUUGAUAAAAUCUGGCGAUUGAAUUUUGUUUAGUUGUAUUUUUCCUAUUAGAACCCUCUCGGUUAUUUGUUUAUUUUCGAAUAAAUUGGCAAUCGCUCUCGAUUUUUGAAAUCGAUUCUCGAGUAUUCUUGUACUAUCCGACUGAUGUAGCGUAUGCGACAGUUUGAAAACAGUAGGACAGUCAAUGUAUAUAAUGUAGUCAUAUCAUACUUGCUAAUAUGCAUGGUUCUACUUUUUGAAUCUGUUACAAAUGAUCAACUAAAUAGUAUUCGAUAUUGUAUAAAUGUUUUUAUAGUUAUGUACACCUAUAAAAUAUUAUAAAUAUUUCAGUACUUUAAUAUAUGUAUUUAAUAAUAGCUAAUACAAUAUUUUUAUUA